CCUCAGUGGGCCCAGGCCUCGCUCCGCCGCGGUUUGCAGGGCUGCUUCCGGGGGCGGGCGGCUGGGCUGGCUGAGUGCUGGCGCGGUCCAGCGGGCGGGACCGGGCGGUGCUGAGUCGGGCGGGCUUGGCGCCGCCAGCUGCAGGGGAGCAGCGGGAUCUGCAGGGCCGGCACGGGCCCGACUGCCGCUCGGGAAGCGGCCCUGCCCUCCGGCCUUGGCGUCCAGGGCCGGGGCAGCGACUCCAGGCGCCAGCUCCGGAAGCCGUCGUCGCGAGUCGCCCUGCGCACACGGGAGCGCGCCGCGGGCGUGGGCCGGGCCGCCGCGGGUGAGAGCCCGGCUCGGUGGACGUCUCUGGGGCGCGGGUUUCCGAACCUCGAGCACUGAUGGGCAGCGGCCAGCACAAGAGGUGCCCAUGGCGUCGGAGCGACACAGGGUCAGGCACCGCUGGAGCAGCCCUUCGGAAGGGCGCCCCCGCAAGCGCAGCUGCCUCCGGGGCCCCGGUGAUGUGGCCCCCUCCAGCCGGCCGCCUCCUGGCUCUACGGCGCGCCCCCGAGCGGCCCGCGGCCUCGCGCGCCUGAAAGCCCGGGACCACGACGAUGUGGCCUGGGCGCCCAAGCCACCUCGGAGCUCUUCGCGACGCAGAAGUUCCUCUUCCUCCUCGUCCUCCUCCCCCUCCUCCUGCUCCUCAGGGGCAGGCGUGGACAGGGCCGCCCCCCGAGGCUGCCUGAGUCGGAGCGCUCGGGGGUGCCCUGCGUCCAGGGGAUCCCCUCUACACCCCACCAGUCCCUCCCUGGAAGAAAUGGCUUCUCUCGAGGAGGUCGCCUGCAGCCUUAAGUUUUUUUCCUUCCAGGUUGAUUCCAAAGGUAGUUCUCGUAACUCCAUCAACUCUGAGUUUGCAGCUGAAGCUGAGGGUCAGAACGAUGUGAUGGAGCCGGACAGGGUCCAGAAGAAGAAAAGGGAUAGGCUUCGGGACCAGGGCUCCACCGUCAUCUAUCUGAAGGCCAUCCAGGGAAUCCUGGGGAAAUCAGUGCCCAAAAGGAAGGGAGAGGCAGCCACUUCCAGGGUGAAGCAGAGCCCAGGAGAGCAACCCAGCCAAGAAGGAGCAGCCCGCAGUGUCGCAGUCACUGCUCCCAGUAAGGAAAGAGAGCCAUCCCCGCAGGUCAGGACGGAAGAGGAAAGGCCUGUGCUAGAUGAGGGCCACUUCUGUGACAGGAGAGUGGUUAUCGACCCUCAGCAGAAACCCAGCGUGGAGCCGUCCGGGGGCCCGGUGACGAUCAUUGAGAAGCCGGCUCCAACCUUGGAGUUCGUGGAUGAUGCCGACUCGCAUCUAGAAACCCCAAAGCAUAAAGACAGGGAAGUGGUGCUGGAGCACCCGUCUUCAGGAAGCGACUGGUCUGACGUGGACGAGUUCUCCACAGUCAGGUUCUCUCAGGAGGAGCCCAUCUCCCUGAAACACUCAGCAGUUCCAGAGCCUGCAUCUUUCCCCACUGACUAUGUCAUGUACCCUCCUCAUCUGUAUAGUAGCCCGUGGUGUGACUAUGCCACCUAUUGGACUAGCAGCCCCAAGACUCUGGGCUACGCCUCCACGUGCAAAAGCAGCCACGACACAGCUCAGGCAGAGAGCAGCUGCAGAGUCCCGUGUGACUAUUCCCCUGGCCCCACAGCAGGUGCCCAGAAUACCUCCAGAGACCUGAAGGCUGCAGAAGAAGGCAGAUCAAAGAAUUCUCGCUCAUUUCAUUUCUGCAGACGCUCUGGAGAAGAGAGGAAGGAGAAAAGAACAUUCCGAGAGGAGACACCACCUCCUUCCAGUAGAGGACAGGUGGACAGGAGCACAUCCGCCUUCCUGCCGAGGAGCCACGGGGAGCCAGACCUGGAGGAGGAGGGCUUCAUUGACACUCACUGUCACUUGGACAUGCUCUACUCCAAGCUGUCUUUCAAAGGGACCUUCGCAAAGUUCAGGAGAAUGUAUAGCAGUUCCUUCCCAAAGGAGUUUCAGGGCUGCAUCUCAGAUUUCUGUGAUCCUAGGACACUGACGGAUUGCCUGUGGGAGGAGCUGUUGAAGGAGGAUCAGGUUUGGGGGGCCUUUGGCUGUCAUCCUCAUUUUGCACGUUAUUAUAGUGAGAGUCAAGAACGAAAUCUUUUGCAAGCUUUAAGGCACCCCAAGGCCGUGGCAUUUGGGGAAAUGGGUCUGGACUACUCCUACAAGUGCACCACGCCUGUCCCAGAGCAGCACAAGGUGUUUGAGAGACAGCUGCAGCUGGCUGUGUCUCUAAAGAAGCCCUUGGUCAUCCAUUGCCGAGAAGCUGAUGAAGAUCUGCUGGACAUCAUGAAGAAAUUUGUGCCCUUCGACUACAAGAUCCACAGGCACUGCUUCACUGGCAGCUACCAGGUCAUCGAGCCCCUGUUGAAGUACUUCCCCAACCUGUCCGUGGGCUUCACUGCAGUGCUGACGUACUCUUCAGCCUGGGAGGCACGGGACGCUCUGAAACAGAUCCCACUGGAGAGAAUCCUCGUGGAGACCGACGCUCCCUACUUCCUCCCACGCCAGGUUCCCAGAAGCCUGUGCCAGUAUGCCCACCCUGGCCUGGCUUUGCACACAGUUCGAGAGAUUGCCAGAGUCAAAGAGGAGCCGCUGUCCUACACCUUGGCUGCUCUGCGUGAGAACACCAGUCGCCUCUACAGUCUGUGAUUCCGAGGACACAGCAGGAGCCAUGGCAAAGGUCAUGCCGUUCACAUGAUGUGCUUGUUAGACAUCAGGCCAAGAAGGUGUUUGGCUGUGUUUUCUUGGCUGUGUUACAUGAUGUGAGAAGACCAGCAGCCUGAUGGAACAUGGGCAGGGUCUGAACUUUGCCUGUGUCCCAGGUCAAGGAUGUAACUGCAGAACCCAUUGGAAAGAGAAACCCAGGACUGGUCAUUGUCCUUGGAACUCCGUGCUAAGGCUUCAGCUCCUACCUGUGUGUGUGUGUGUGUGUGUCAUGGGUUCAGGGAAAGGAGCUUCCCAGAGUGGCAUUUGGCUUAUGCGUCUUGGUGAGAAUGAACCAGGGCCAUCCCAUGUAAGGGCCAGUCCAUGACUGUUCUUCGCAGCUGGUGGUUUUGCAUAGUCUAUGAAUAAAGUCGGCCUCCUCCUUCACCUCCUCCUUCACCUCCUCUUCCUCCUCCUCUGAGCACUGUGGGUGUUGUAUCCUGCUUCUUGGUUAUAGAAAUGACCUCAAGUGGGGAGCUGGGGGACGUUCACUGGCAGACUGUUCCUCCUCCCAGGUACCUUCCGUGCACCAUCGCUGCCCCUGCUGUCAGUGGAGGUGUGCAGCCGGUGCUCGUCCAUGGAGGGUCCUGGCAGACAAGCUCUGGGGGAGGGCCUUCUCAGGGCUGAUCCUGUAGGAGGUGCUCUCUGCUUCCUCAGGCUACUGGGGUUGCUUCCAGGGUGGUAAAUGGUAAGGGUGACAGUGUGUGGCACAAGCCACUUGCUGGUUUGUGAUAGCCUCCAUUUUUGCCACGUUCUCCUGGCACACUGGCCCAGAAUAGUCCCUCAGAUGAGUCUUGUGUGGCUGACCCUAGUACGCCCCACUGGGCUGACAGCAGAGAGAACUUGUUCUGCAGGGCUCCUGGGCCUGGCUGCGCAACUUGGCCUUCUCCAGAAGCAGUCCGGGCCCUCUGCAGCCAGGUCCCUUGCUUUGUCCUCUGUCUUAGCUGGAGCCUGUUCACAGCCACAUCCUCUUGAGGGCAGUGCUCUGCAGCGCCCUGCUGUGCCUUGUGACAGUGGACUCACUGGAGGGCCUGGUGGUCAAGGAGUAGGUGCAAGGAGACUCCUGGACAGUGUGGGAAAUGAUCCUCCUGACCUGCACCCCGGAAUCCCUCAUCUUGUUUCUCACUUCUUUCAUAAAAUCUUUCACUGAUUGGUUUGUAGCUGGGCAUGCAGGGGUUUUUAAAUGUUGUGAGGCCAAGUAGAAUGGAUAUGUUUCCUAGUUGGAGUGACCUGGGAAGUUGGCCUGGCUCACGGUCCAUCUCGGUGGCUCACUUGUGCCUCCCAUUUGCCAGUGUGGGAUGUGGGGACUUGAUCUGCUUGGUAGAUGCGGGGACUGUCAGUAUGUAUGUCAGCCAUGGGAGCCAGAGUCCAGCCAUCUCCCUGACAAGAAGCACUUGGGUCAGCACUGCCCAUGUUUGCUGGCAUGGUCUGUGCUAAGGGGUCAUAAGUGAUGACUCCGUGAUAUCUCCUACCCACUGCUGCGUCCUGACAGGGCACAGCACAAGGUACUGUUGGUCUGCUUUUCUGUCCCAAGAUUCAGGGCCGCCAUGUGGCUGCUGUUACAUGGCAAGUCCUCCUUGGCUAGGCGUGAGAGCUGGGGGCCUUGUUUUUACUCUUUAACUUUGGGUGGGUGACUUAUUCUUGCUGUAUGGCCAGAAUGCAUCUGUAUGUCCCCAUCUUUGACUUGUGAAUAAAGUGAUCGAUCCUCCA